CUCCUUCAGCUCAGGUGUUCCUGCUUUUCCAAAGGGCUCGGGGCUCUCUUCUUUAGCCUAAUAAACCACACUGACUUUCCACAGACGGAGCUUAGGCAGGCACCGUGGAGGCAAUUUUCCACCAUGAAUCUGGUAGCACAUCUUCUCUGCUUGUUGGCUUGCCUUACCAUGGUGACUUGUGACCGGGUCUAUGUCCACCCUUUCACUUUGUUCUGCUUCAAUGAGACUGACUGUGACAAGCUGGAAAAAUUGGUUCAGGAGGGAAAGACUAUUGUCCCUGUCUCCAUUGAGUCCCAAACCACACCUGAAUAUGAAGGUGACAUAAAUGACAAGAACAAGUUGGAAGCCCCAAGCCUCAACACCUGGGGCAAGGAGGAACGGGGCUACCUGAGUGGCUUGGUGUACGUCCUGGGCAUGCGUCUUUACAGCGCGCUGCAGAAAGCACAGAGGGGCCAAAAUGUGCUCCUGUCCCCAACCAGCCUCUACAGCUCCUUGGUGUCAUUCUACCUGGGUGCCUCAAACCAGACUGCACUUGAUUUGCAGGGUUUGCUGGGAUUUGUUCCCCCCUCUGGAAACCUUGACUGCACUUCCACGGCAGUUGGAAAGAAUUUCCUUUCCAGCCUGAGGACCAUCGAAAGGCUUGUGAGGAGUGGGGAUGAAGAGCUGCUCUUUUCCAAGACACUGAGCCUGUUCUCUGCCCCUGGCAUACCCCUCUUCCAGCUGUUCAUGGAGCACUUGCUCCCCAAUGCCGAUGCAUUCUACGCCCGAGCUGUUGACUUUACAAAUCCAGGAGAGGCAGCAAAACAAAUAAAUGCCUUUGUGGAGGCCAAAAGCGAGGGCCAGAGCAAGUGUUUACUGGCAGACAUCGACCCAUCUGCUGAGCUGCUGUUUGUGGUGGACGUCUGCUUGGCAGUGAAUGUUAAGCAAGCCUCCCCGCUCAAAGAGCCUCAGGAGUUCUGGGUGGAUUCAAGCACAAAGGUCUUGGUCCCUAUGUUGUCUAUCACCGGGAUGUUCAAGUACAAAACCGAUGCCAGUGGGACUUUUUCUGUGGUGGAAGUCCCCAUCAGCAAGACGGCGCUGCUGAUGCUGCUGCAGCCCAUCAACGGCAGUGACCUGGAGCACGUGGAGUCCAAGCUGACCUGGCAGUCCUCAGCCUGGCUCCAGUGGCUGUCGCCAAGAGAAAUUAAAUUAACACUUCCAGCAUUAACACUAGAAGACAUCUCUGAUCUACAGGAGCUUCUUGCAGAUAUGGAACUGCCUGGACUGCUGGGGAAGGGGGCAGAUUUCAGUAGGAUAAGCAAUGCCAGUCUAACAGUUGGAAAGGUAAUAAAUAAAGCCUUUUUCAAACUGGCCAGUGAUGGAAGAGAUCAGCCAGAAGACCCUGCAGUACAGAAGGAAGACGGGGUGUAUCUGGAUGUAACACUGAAUAAGCCAUUCCUUUUUGCUGUUUUUGAAAAGCAAUCAAGGGCAAUGAUUUUUCUUGGCAGAGUAGUAAACCCUCUGCAUGAGGAUUAA